AGCAAUUCUCUCCAAUCCCCAGCCCCGGCAUAACCAAGCCCCGCACGUCACCCUCUAACCACCACAAUGCUCACCUCAGCCUGCAGAGCAUCUUCUUCUUCUUCUUCUUCUUCUUCUUCUUCCCUUCUGCUUCUCGUCUCUUCCUCCCUCUCUAAACCCGCCACCGCUCUCUCUCUCCCCAACCCUUUCCUUUCUCUCUCCAAACUCCCGCCCUCCCUCUCCAAGCCCGCUUGCCCCCGGAACUCGCGGCUCGUCUCCUCCUACAAAUCCCCCAUGAACAUCCUCAACAAGCUCGGCUUCGGGCCCAAGACCCCCGACCCCUCGUCCAUGGACUCCUCCAUCGCUCAGGGUCCCGACGAGGACGUCCCGGCGCCGGGCCAGCAGUUCGCGCAAUUCGGCGCCGGUUGCUUCUGGGGCGUCGAAUUGGCCUUCCAGAGAGUCCCCGGCGUGUCCAAGACCGAGGUCGGUUACACCCAGGGGUUCUUGCAUAAUCCGACCUACGAGGACGUGUGUAGCGGGACGACGAGCCACUCGGAGGUGGUGAGGGUCCAGUAUGACCCCAAAGAGUGCAGCUUCGAGAAUCUUCUCGAUGUCUUCUGGGCUCGGCACGACCCCACCACCCUCAAUCGUCAGGGGAAUGAUGUGGGCACUCAGUACAGGUCAGGAAUAUAUUACUACACCCCAGAACAGGAGAAAGCAGCUAGAGAAUCCAUGGAGCAGCAGCAGAAAGUCCUCAAUAGAAACAUUGUCACCGAAAUUCUGCCUGCCAAGAAGUUCUACCGUGCAGAAGAAUACCACCAGCAGUAUCUCUCUAAAGGAGGCCGUUUUGGUUUCAAACAAUCUGCUGAUAAAGGUUGCAAUGAUCCUAUUCGUUGCUAUGGCUGAAAGAGAUUGGCAUUAACGUCAGGCUUGGAGUUGUCACAGGUUAGCGAUUGAGGUGCAGUUUAUGUUAAAUAAGCUUCUCUGCAAUUCACUGCUUAAGAGGGCUGAUGUUUCGAGUUCGUCUUGUGAGAAAUUUAACCCUUGUCUGUAAGUAUAUGGAUACUGUUUUUACAUGGUUCUGGUAUGGUUUAACUUUGAUAUAGAUAGUCUUGUUCUUACAUUUUGAUUGUCGGUAACGUCCCUGCAAAAGUAAUAUGGGUUUAAUGUGAAGAGGAAUUUUCUGGCGCCAUUCCUUUACU